ACUAGCUUUCACGACCGAGAUGACGGACGGCAACCACCGAGGCAGUGACGAGCUUGCUGCCCUGGAGAAGGUGUUGCUGGAUGAAAGCACGGAUCCAGUCAAUCUACCUUCCUCGCUUCUCAAAGCCAUUACAGGGAAUUUCUCCGAAUCUCACGAAAUCGGUAGGGGCGGGUUCGGGGUGGUCUACAAGGGAGUGCUUCCAAGUGGUCGCACCGUCGCCGUGAAGCAGCUCUUCGAAAGGUACGAGAUCCUGGACAAGACUUUUGAUAGCGAGAUAGACUGUAUUGCGGGCCUCAAGCACAAGAAUACAGUGCGGUUUCUCGGGUACUCCUCUGAGACGCAGUAUGUUCGAAGGUGGUGCGAUGGAAAGCUUCAGUGGGUAGCCACGCGGCAGAGGCUGCUUUGCUUUGAGUACCUGCCCAAAGGGUGUCUUGCUCCCUAUAUCUCCGAUGCAUCUUGUGGACUUCAUUGGACCACACGUUAUCAAAUAAUCAAGGGGAUCUGUGAGGGCGUACAUUAUCUUCACCAGCACCGCAUUAUUCACAGGGACCUCAAACCUCAGAAUGUACUAUUGGAUGAUAACAUGAUUCCCAAAAUUGCGGAUUUCGGACUAUCGCGACACUUAAGUGAAAGCCAGAGUCGGGAUAUCACUGAAAACAAGUUUGGAACAAUGGGAUAUAUGGCACCAGAAUUCUUUAAUAAGGGAGAAAUCACCUUCAAGACAGACGUAUAUAGUUUGGGUGCUAUAAUAAUGGAUAUUCUUAUGGGACAAAAGGAAUGCUCCGAUGUUAAGGAGGUAGUUGAAAGUUGGACGGACAAGUUUGGGACAUCAAAGAGUCAUACAUCACAGGAAGAAGUAAAGUUAUGUGCUGAGAUAGGGAUAAAAUGCAGGAACUAUGACCCCCGGAACAGGCCUGCUACAUGGUCUAUCAUCCAUGGAAUACUGGAUGAAGCGGAAAUUUCGAACUGGUCUGUUACAAGUGAUGUAGCUACCUCUACAGAAGGGCAGAUAAGACUUGCCUCCAUGCGGGCGGAUGAGCUGAAGUUGAUGGAUGAUUCUGCUACACCAUCCCAACAACAAGCAUCAACGCUGGAAGUGGGACAGGAGGGUGGCAAAGUGAGCCAAGAGAGGAAAAGGAAGUCAUCAACCAUAAGCUUCUCCAAGAUGGCAGAUGAGUUAAGGUUGAUGGGCGAUUCCGCUGCACCAUCCCAACUGCAACCUUCGGCACUGGAGGUGGAGCAAGAGGAUGGCAAAGUGAGCCAAGAGAAGAAGAGGAAGACAAGCUUCUUUGGGCUGGCGGAUGAGAAGAAGUUGAUAGAUGAUUCUGCUGCACCAUCCCAAUUGCAACCAUUAGCGCGGGAGGUGGAGCUGGUGGAUGGCAAAGUUAGCCUAGAGAGGGAAGGGAAGGCAGCAAGCGUGAGUGUGGUGACUGGGGUGAUAAGCACCCCCAGUGGCAAGCUUGACACAUUAAUGUGCGAUGAGUACAAUAAGCACAAAGAGGUGAGGAAGCAGGUGUCCUUCCUUGAGAACGAGUUGAGCAGCAUAAACGCUGCCCUUGAGCAGCUGGAGCUCAUGGAUGAGCUCGCUCUAGUGGUAAAAAAUUGGAGGGAUGAUGUCAGGGAGAUUUCAUACGACAUGCAGAAUUGCAUUGAUGACUUCAUGUGCCAAUUUGGAGGUGAGGAUGCCGAGGUAGGUUUAAUCGAGGAGGCUGCUGAACUUCACAAGAGGUUGUCUGAGCUUCAUGGAAUUGCCAACCAGAUGGGAGAGCUUAGGAGUCUUGUGGUAGAAGCAAAUGCUCGGCGUGAGAGUUACAAGAUUGAUGAUUGCAAUCCUAGCUUUGGUUAUGUGUCUGUCGACGCUCGUCUGCGAGCGGUCUACCAGGAGGCGACCAAUCUUGUGGGCAUUGAAGGCCCUAGCAAGGAGGUUGUUAGUUUGUUGAUGAAUACUCAGAAGAAACUAAAGGUUGUGUCCAUUGUUGGUUUUGGAGGCCUGGGUAAAACUACACUUGCCAAACAGGUGUUUAACAAGAUAACGGGGCAUUUCGGUUGUUUGGCAUUCUUUUCAGUUUCGCAGAGGCCUGAUUUGAGAAUGCUUCUCAAUCGCCUACAAUUGAAACUUGGGAUAAAUGUCUCUUCUCACAAUUGCGGGCUUGACGACAUCAUUGAAAAGCUAAGGAAGUAUCUCACAGACAAAAGGUACCUUAUUGUAGUUGAUGACUUGUGGGAUCAAUCAGCAUGGAAAACUAUUAGUUGUGCUUUUCCACAAAAUGGAAAUGGGAGUAGAAUAAUUUUAACCACACGAGUGGAAGAUGUGGCUAGCAUAGCCUGUAACAAUGACCGUGAGUGCAUUUACACAAUGAAGCCCCUCAGUGAACAUAACUCAAGAAUGUUAUUCUCCAAUAGAGUAUUUGGGUCUGAAGUUGUUUGUCCACCCCAUCUUAAAGAUGUUGCGGCUGAAAUUCUGAAGAAGUGUGGUGGUAUGCCGCUCGCAAUUAUCACUAUAGCUAGCCUAUUAGCUACUCAAGUGAAAUCAAGGAAACACUGGGAGAGCAUAAGGAAAUAUUUGCGUGUCCAACCUGCCACAAAUCCUUCAUUGGAAGAGAUAAAAAGUAUAUUAAACCUUAGCUACAAACAUCUUCCUCUUCAUCUUCGGGCAUGUUAUUUGUACCUUGGAAUGUAUCCCGAGGACCACAUCAUAAUACGGGAUCAGUUGGUUAAACAGUGGAUAGCUGAAGGCUUGGUCAGCAGUUUGCAUGGGCCUGAUUUAGAGGAUGUUGGCAGGAGUUAUUUCAAUGAGCUAGUCAAUAGAAGCAUGAUUCAGCCAAGCGAAAUUAGCUACGGAGAGGUGUUGUCUUGCACAGUACACGACAUGAUGCUUGAUUUGAUCCUAAGCAAGUGUGUAGAAGAUAAUUUUAUAAGUGUGGCAUACAAUUCUGAGGACAUGGCAAGACUACUGCAUCGCUGCAAAAACAAGGUUCGCCGAUUAUCCCUGAGCUCCAUGGCUGUUGGUGGAGCUACAUAUGACACGGCUAUUGCUGCUAGGCUGUCACGAGUUCGAUCAUUACUGUUCAAGAAGGGGUGUAAUCCUAUACUCCCUCUUUUGUGGUUCAAGUACCUCAGGGUUCUGAUCCUUUUGAAUGAGCGCUAUAGAUGGAAGAUAGUUGACCUCACCGCUGUUAGCCAGUUGUUCCACCUGAGGUGUCUGAUGGUAAGUGUUUAUGUGGAGAUAAAGCUCCCUACUAAACUUGGUGAGCUUGUUUACUUGGAGACAAUGGACAUAGAAAAUUGCAAACUGCUGGAGAGAAUCCCCUCGGAUAUAGUUCGUUUGCCCCGCCUGUCCUAUCUGCUGCUUCCAACUGAGACAAAGCUGCCUGAAGGUAUCGGGAAUAUGAAAUCACUGCGGACUCUGAGAGGGCUUGACAUGAAAAAGAGCUCGCUGGAGUGUUUUAUGGGUCUCGGUGAGCUGACCAAUCUGAGGGAUCUGCGUAUGUCAAUAGAUAUUGGUUUGGAGUUGCCGAAAGUUGAUGCUUUGGCCUGUUCCAUUGGAAAGCUCUAUAACCUUGAAUAUCUGUUCAUCUCUGGCAAUCUUGUUGAGCGUGAGGAUAGCCAGCAGCUGGGCUCAUUAUUUAAUCCUCUUCAACAUAUUGAGCAUCUUGAAUUGCCUGAUUGGCGGUUAUGGAGAGUUCCAAAAUGGUUGUGUGGUCUCCACUGCCUGCGCUUCCUUGAGUUGUAUGUUGAAAAGACAUCAACUCAGGAUGUUCAUCUGCUUGGAGAGCUUCCCUGCCUCGUCUACCUGGAUUUCGAAGCAUGUGAAAUCCCUGAUGAAAGAGCUAUGUUAGGCGCGGGGCUAUUCCCAGUUCUGGUGUCCCUAAAAUUCUGGUCUAGCGAAGACACUACAGCGUACCUGGGCUUCGAGGCAGGUGCUAUGCCCAGUUUACGAACACUUUGGAUGGCUGCGUGCCACUGGGGCGGGACUGCACCAGUCGGCAUGGAGCACUUGUUACACCUCCAGCAGAUCCAAGUGCGUGGGGUCUGCAAUUAUAAGGAUACUGAUGACGCAUUCAAGGAGGCCUUGCUGAUGCACCCUAACCGCCCUUCCGUCACAAUUCAUCCUUUAUAGCAGUGUAUAAUUACCACAUGCAUUGUACUAUGUCUAUCUUCCGUAGACUUGCUCGAGAAGUGAAAACGGGCAGCUGAUUAAGGCGCUGCUGAUCUUUAUACUAAUAAUAGCUGUGUGUAUGUUACUUGAGCAGGUAAUAGUGGCGAUGCUGACAUGA